AUGCCUGCCCAUCAAGCUCCAAGCUGGGGGCCAGGCUACUGGGGCCAGCCGGGUCAGGGUCGCUGGCAGCCAGGGCCGGGUUACUGGCGGCCAGCACAAGUGGCAGUCCCGUCCACAUGGCCGGGAUAUCACUGGGUACAUCGCCCCAUGGGUGAGCCCGCGCCAGUCAUGGCUUCUUUUCCUCCUCGGCGUCCUGCUGCAACUGGCAUUGGCAUCACAGAUGACAAUUCUCAGGAGCGUCUCCCAAAGGAGAAUACUCUUUUUGUGGGGAACCUGAAGGACAACGUGGAUCAAGGGCAGUUGAUCCGCGACUUGAAGGCGGUCUUCCAGCAAUGGUCGAUCGUCUGGGUUAAGGUCCGGAUGGACAAGAAGGCGCGCAGGGGGAGGAAGCAGGGACUCAGCGCGGCCUUCAUCACGUUCCCGACUGCCGUGCUCGCACAGGAGUUCCUGAAGGGCGGGAGGAAGCUCGACCUGUAUGGUCGGGCUCUACGACUUGAGCCGGUCAAGUCGGAUAAUCACCACCCGGCCGCGCCCAGCACCACGAGGAGCAACAUCACGUUCACCCCGAACGUGGUCCAGGCUCCCAACGCCGAGGUAUAUCGGGCGCUUCUGGAGGCUGGCAUAGCCGAGAGGAUGAGGGAGGCGGAGGGACGUCGUUCUCGCGUCCCGAGAAAUGGAUCGGAAGGAUCUCAGUAA